AUGAAGGCAUCCGCGACCUCAAUUCUGCUGGCCAUGCUGGCCAGCACCAGCGCGGCAGAACGUAUGGUUCUUCCCAAUGCUGAGAGCUUGGCCGCUUCCAGCUCCCCCAUGGCUGUGUCUAUGGAUGAGUUGAUGACCUUGAAGACGGCUCAAAGAGAAGAAGACAUCGCCAACGGUCUAUAUGACAUGGACAGAUAUGAGCUCCAGGCUGCUACGGCAUGCUCCAACGGAAAGGCGGGCGAGUACUCCUGUAACAACGUUGACUUGAAGGGAUUCCUGCGUCAUCAAGACUUGGGAAGCACAACCCGUGAGGGAAACGACGUCUGGGGAUGGACGUCUUCCACUGGGAGAGAAUUCGGCGUUGUUGGCCAAACUGAUGGUUCGGCCUUUGUUGAGAUCCUUAAGGAUGGUAGCCUCAGAGCGAUGGGACGCCUUCCCACGCAAACAUCCGCCUCUACAUGGCGUGACAUGAAAGUCAUCGGCGACCACGUCUACAUUGGCUCAGAAGCAGCCAACCACGGCCUCCAGAUCUUCGACAUGAAGAAGCUCCUCAAAGUCGACCCCAAUAACCCUCCAACCUUCAACAUCAAGACCGACUUGACCGCCCACUUCAACGGCUUCGGCAGCAGCCACAACAUCGUCGCCCACGAGAAGAACAAGAUGAUCUACGCCGUCGGCACCUCCCGCAGCGGCAAAUGCAAAGCCGGUCUCUGGAUGGUCGAUGUGUCCAAUCCCGCACAGCCCAAGGACGCUGGAUGCGCCGGCGCAGACGGCUACGUCCACGACGCCGAGUGCGUUACUUACAACGGCCCUGACACACAGCACAAGGGCAAGGAGAUCUGCUUCGGCUACAAUGAGGAUACUCUCACCAUUUACGACUUGUCCACUCGCUCGUCUCCCAAGAUCUUGUCUCGAACUCCAUACCAGGGUGCGGCGUACACGCACCAGGGCUGGACUACUGGCCCCGAUCACAGAUACUUGCUCCUCGAUGAUGAGCUGGAUGAGUCCAAGGGGACCGGAGCUGCCUCCGACGGCCGCACGACUACAUAUAUCGUCGAUGUGGCUAACUUGUCUAAGCCUGUCUUUACUGGCUACUACAAGAGCCCAGCGAAGGCUAUCGACCACAAUCAGUACGUUGUUGAUGGUCUGUCCUACAUGUCUAACUAUGGGUCUGGUCUCCGUGUUGUCAACGUUACUUCUGUUGCGCAGGAUAGCACUGGUGCUGGCUUCAAAGAGGUCGGUUUCUUUGACGUCCACCCGGAGGAUGACUCUGUUGGCGGCGAAGUGAAAUUCACGGGCUCCUGGUCUGUGUACCCUUACUUCCAGAGCGGUCAUCUUCUUGUCAAUAGCAUUGAGCGAGGCAUCUUUUCAGUCAAACUUAGCUUGUAA